AUGACUCGCGCUCGAAGAAGGAAGACGAAUAAAGGUUUAGGUCUAAUCAACUCCGCUAUAAAUCAUCUUCCAGUAGAACNGCAUCUACCGGGUUACAGAUUUUGUGGUCCGGGUACAAAGUUGAAAGAUAGGUUAGCACGGGGCGAGCGCGGAAUAAACAGUUUAGACGAGUUAGCUAGAUCUCACGAUAUAGCAUACGAAAAAAGUAACUCGUUGAGUGAUAGACAUAUUGCAGAUAAAAUAUUAGAAGAACAGGCUUGGAACGUGUUUAAAUCUAGAAAAACCGGCAUCAAAGAAAAGGCUGCCUCUUGGUUGGUCACUACAGCCAUGAAAGUUAAACGCAAGAUGGGGUCAGGAUGCGGUUACAAACAGAUAGUCGCGGUGGGUAAAAAAGCGCUUAAAAGUAAAAUAGGCGAAAAUAGUUUAUCUAAAUUAAUAAGUACGUGUAUGGUGGCGGUGAAAAAAAUGACUGGAAAAAAAUCAAAAUCACCCAGAAUUAUACCUAUUCCGAAAAAAGGUGGCGUGUUACCGUUAAUACCUAUCUUUGCCGGUUUAUCAGCGUUGGGUGCACUCACCGGUGGUGUAGCUAAUGUAGUAAAAGUAAUAAACGACUUGAAAGCAGAUAGAAAUUCGCCUAUACAUUUAGGGAAAGGAAUGUACUUAACACCUUAUAAAGGUUCAUCGUACAAAAUAGAGGAAGGCAGAGGUUUAUACCUAGCACCAUACAAACGCGGUGGCGGUUCGAGUAAGAAACCGAGAAAAUCGUCAAAAAACUAAUUUUCACGUUACCCAAUAGAGCCUUGUACGAUUAUGAAAUUAUAAAAUACGCACGUAUGUUUAAAAUACCUCAUUUCAUAGGCGUCUUCCCUAGAGAUAGGUUGCCUAACAAAAUUAAACAACUGGAAUCCGCUGUUGUUAAUUUGGACGAAGAAAAAGGUGAAGGUACUCAUUGGGUAGCGUAUAAAAAAAUCGGUAAACAAGUGGAAUAUUACGAUAGUUUUGGAAAUUUACCUCCACCACUGGAAUUACAGAAAUACUUUCACGGAUUUAGUGUUAAAUACAAUUACGAGAGAGAUCAGAAAUAUAAUUCGACAAACUGUGGGCAUCUGUGUUUAAAAUUUUUAUCAUGUAUACGAUAACAUUAAAAGGAAAUUCGGCGAAUUUGUCUUGUGAUUUUUUCCCUCCGAUAGAAGUCAGUGAAAACGCCAAGAUUUGUCUACUAGGCCUUCAAACAAACAAUUCUAUUCCUAAUAUCAAUGAAAAAUGUAAUCGUAUAGGUUUUAACGUUAAAAGAAAAAAAAACGCUAUAAUUAAUGAUGAAAAUUACACAGUUUCAUCGGAUUUGUAUACAACGAGAGAUUCGUAUACAGAAAAUAAACUAUUAGACGAGAAAGAAGAAAUAAUUUAUUAUACGAUGACGAUUCCGACGGGUUCAUACGAGUUGAAUGAAUUAGAGACAGCGAUUAAACAAUUAUUAUUCGAUAAACCUAUAAAGUUUGAAUUGAAAGCGCACAAUACAGCUUUAAAGUGUAGAAUGAACUCGAAUGUACAAAUCGAUUUGACUAUGCCCAAUAACAUAGGUACGCUAUUAGGCUUUAAUAACGGAUUCUACGAAGCGGACGUUAUUCACCGGUCAGAUACUUUGGUCAAUAUCGCCAGAGUUAACUGUAUAUAUAUCGAGUCAAACCUAGUUGUUGGUUCAUUCGUCAACGGGAAGCAGCGCCAUAUAAUACACGAGUUUUAUCCUAACGUACCACCGGGUUAUAAAAUAAUAGAAAUUCCUACACACUUGGUUUCAUAUUCAAUAAAUUGUACUUCUAUAACUCACGCCAGUAUUGUUUUAAAGGAUCAGAACGACGACACGAUCGAUCUGCGUGGAGAACCGAUAUCUGUACGGAUAUUAAUUCAAGAUUCCGGCAAAAACAUCUAA